AGAACUUGUAGCCAGUAGAGUUUCCUAAUAUUAAUAUUAGCAAACUCUAUGCUUGUAGCAAUUUGUACGUUUGCAACGCGUUCGUACGAAAUUACGCUAAAGGCCCCGAUGCAGACUGGCCUGUCGUAGACGAACCGAAACCGACUGUGGUGUGAAACGAACGAGCGGUCUACUUGGCGUUGUGAUACAUGUGUGCCUAUGAUGUUUGUGUGCGUGCAGUGUUGCGCAGCCGGCCUUUCUAAUAAUCUGACGGUUACUCCUAUCGAUGUUGGACUUUAUUUCGUGGUUAUGUCCGAGUCACACGUAUCGGUGUCCAAGUGGUCAGUGCGCUAAUCGACGCUACUCUCCGUCUCGUUGGGAAGAUACGCAAGCCGACGGGGCCCGGGCUUGUGCGAUUUCGCCAGCGGGCUCGGGUCCCGUGGUGUGCGCGCGACUUGGCUGUUUAUUAGGCAGCGCGAUAACACCUAGCAACAUGCGCAGCAAGUGCGAAACAUUGCUCGUCCGGCAUUUGCCUUCCUCGCUGAGUGAGGCCGAAAAGACCGACUUGCUGAAGCACUUCGGCGCCGACAGUGUGCGAUGCAUGCGGUCGACGGGCAAGCUGAAGAACGCCGCGUUCGCGACGUUCCCCACUCAGGACGCCGCGGACUGCGCCCUCGAACGCCUCCACCAGUGCGAACUCAUGGGAAGUCGCCUGGUCGUGGAGUACGCGCUCGGCAAGCAAGCGGACCGCUACUUUCCGAGCAAGAGCGAGCAGUUCCCGGAGUCCGCGAAUGCCGCGGCAGAAAGCGCCGAAGAUCAAGCGGUGGCGGCGUCAAAAGACGAGUACAAGUCCAAGAUGGAGGCGUUCGCCGUCAAACUGCACGCGAUGUCCGCGGACCUGGGUCUCGACUACGUGCUCAACCCGAUGCUAACGUACGCCUAUCCGCCAGCGUCUCCCACCAUCGUGGCGAACAUAGCGGCCAUGUUGAUGUCGGUUCCCAAGUUCUACACCCAGGUGCUGCACUUGAUGAACAAGAUGAACCUGCCAGCGCCGUUCGGACCUCCGAUGCCACAUCCACCCACGAUGCAACAGGCCUUCGGUGUCGUAGCGGUCCAAGACCAGUCUACAACCUCAGCUGAACUGGUAACGUCAGCAGAAGUGGCAGUCAACAAUCAGGAGUCGAGCCCAGAGGAAUCAGAAAUGGAAAGUGACGAAGAGGACGUCUCUCAAAGAGUCCAGCAACCGCAGGCCAUGAUUCCGAGGAAACGCAAACCCAAGACACAGCUCAGGAGGCCCAAGCUACAAAAGCUUCUGCCGCCCCAGCCGGUUCAGGAGCACAGGCCCAAAAUGUCGGACGUAUUCGAGCCAGUCGUCGAAGACAAGACGCCGAAAGCCAUAGCCAUCAACAUUCGACACGAAGUCGACACUGAGGUGCAGGAGAAAGAGACGGAAGAAGUCGUAGAGCAAGGUGGCUUUGGCAUCCUACCCGCCGCGCCCAAGCCGGUGGAAACAGCGGAGACAAAUGCCAGCGAUGACAACUAUGACUGGAGCGGCACGCAGUUCCUGCAAAGAGAGGAAGUCCGGUCGGGGCGCAUCUCCAGCGACGAGAUGAGCAGAGCGUCGGUGUUCAAGAACUACGAAGCGGGAGACGUGGCGUCCAGGCUGUACAUAAAAAACGUGGCUAAGUCUGCGACUGUCGAAGACCUGUUCCGAAUCUACGGAGGCUACAUCGACGUCGACUCCGAGGAACAGCGUAACGCUUUCGACAUAAGGCUAAUGAAGGAGGGCCGCAUGAAGGGACAGGCAUUCUUGACGCUUGCUAGUGAAUCCCAGGCAGACAGAGCCCGUCGAGACUCCAAUGGUUACCUCCUCAAGGGAAAGCCGCUUGUUGUACAGUUUGCAAGGUCUGCCAAAGCGAAGAAGCUGGCCACAUAUUGAUUUUGUCUACCUCAACGUUCUACCUCCGGAAAUCUGUUCGUGUGGGCACAUGUAAAUAAGCGUUCAUGAUGCAAUGUAUAAACUCAAAAUUUCUGCAAAACACAGUUGUGUCCUCUGUGGAAGUGUGAAUACUGCAUCAGGUCUGUGUCAGCUAUAAGCAAAGUAUGCCACUAGUAGUAUCUGCAGGGACAAUAAAAAGAAACAAUGAAUUAUUUUAGAUUAAUAAAUCGUACUUUGACAACUCUAAUGUCGUUAAUUUUACCAUCAUAAGUUUAGUAGUUGAGAGAAAAGUCAAGUUCAAAGCUUCAUUUUAAAAUUUUGUGCCACAAUGUCCAUGCGUAACGCAAAGGAUUACAAAGUGUAUAUAUCGUAAUUUGGUGUCAUUGGCUGCACAGAAUUCAUUGAAGCUUGGUAUGUCAAGUCUAUCGCCGCCUCGGAGGACACUGCACUCUGUUUUUACCAGUUAUGAACUAUGAAGGCCUCUGUAGGCACUGUCAAAAUAUGUGGUGUCACAGCGAAUGGUGUGGAAGCUUUCAGGUGGCAUCACCAUCAACCUUUUCCUUUUGCCCGCUUUCUCGCUUGCCACCACCUUCUCACCACAAGCGUGGUGUUUUGGGUAUCGUGAAAGAGCCAUUUUACUAGUAUGAUAAAAAAUGGUUUUGCUCUUUAGCGUCCUUUUAAAGGUGUACCCACCUUCAUUGUGAAAGUAUUUUUGUGUUUUGAAGUAAUUUUUGGCAAUAAAAACACUACUGCACUUA